AUGACAUCGGAUGAGAAUGAUGUAGUACAGAAUUUAAACGAGGAAGUAGACGAAGAAUAUCUUCGAAAAAUAGGACGCAAAGGUGAAGAAUUGAUUUAUAAAUAUCUUACAGAUUUGUAUCAUAAUAAUGAAAAUGUAUCAAUAGAAUGGCUAAAUAAAACUAGUGAAACAGGAUUGCCUUACGAUAUUAAAAUUAAUUUUAUUGAUAAACCUGAAAAACCUCAUCAAAUCAAAGUGAAAACAACAUUAAAACAUAUUGAUGAUUAUCAAUUUUCAAUAUCAAUACAAGAAGUUGAAGAAAUAUUAAAAAAUCCUACUACCUAUUACAUAUAUCGAGUCAAUUUGAAUAAUCGUUCAUUGACAAUUAUAGAAGAUAUUAAAUUAAAUUUAUCCGACAAACAACAACUAGAACUGAAAAUGAAUGUUUUAACAACAAAUGAUUUGGAUUCAAGAAAAUAA